AUUACAAAAGUUACAUGUUUUUCAACGUCAUCACAUUUAUAAACAUAGUUUUUACGAGUUUACUAUAAAAUGACCCUUAACAACGAUUUAAAAAAUAAUUCAAACUUGUAAUAUGCAUGCGUCUGGCAGGUGCUAGAAAUUUUGACUCAUGUGCUUCAAUGUUUGUUACUGAAAUACAACUGCAUUUAUUAUUAAUAAGUAGUGUUAACAAUGGCUGCAACAACACCACGGCGUUCAUUGCGGGUUCCGCACACCCAUACUCCUAAAAUGUCUGAACGAAAAAAGGGGCUAUUUUUGGCGGAAAACGAAGCUUCGAUGGAUUCGCUGACGAAACAUCGUCGUCUACCCGUAGUUGAUAGUGAAAGUGACAGCGAUGAUUGUGACCUGGGCAUCAUCAGCACCCUGGACUCCAGCUCCGGCGAUGACUCUGAUUAUAACAUUCCUAAAACUCCAGAGAGGUCGAUUUGGCAUGAAACAAGCCAUUCAAAGAAGCUGAGAGAGACGCAAGAUUUGAAAAAUUUCAUGAAAUCUCCUUUUACACUAAAGAAAUAUCAGACUCGGUACUCAUGCCCCGAGACGAGGUAUUCUUUGUCAACACCGGCUACACCACACUUGCGGAACCACCCUGGCACACCAUCUUCUACACAUUCAUGUGCAAGUGUUCAUACCACAUCUUCUUCCACAUCCAGCAAAGCACGUAAGAGUCUAGCCAGUCUCAUAGCUGAUACAGAAAGCUGCAGUAGCUCAUUGAAAGAUCUGAACUUUGACACAGAUUCUGGAACAGAUUCUAAAGAGAACACCCCCACUAAAUCACUACGACGAUCAUCACGGAAACUAAAGGUGACGCCGAAACUUCAAAGUUUUAAAGGCAUACUAGUUGAGCAGAAGAAAAAUAUAUCGCCAAAGAAGAAUGCUGUGGUCUGUCUUACGAAAAUGGAUAUGAGUAGCUAUAUAUCGCCAACACAGAUGUUGAAAACUCCGCAUAAUAUGUCGGAAAAUAAAUCGCCCCCUAAACUGAGUCAUAGGCGAUCCGUUGUAGAAAUUGCCGAAAGUCCUGAAUCUACCUGUGAUAUUGAGAAAAGCCACAAGAGACUUCACUAUGAAGGCAUGACAGAUUGUGGGCCCAUUUCAAAGCAUCCUAGAUUAGAUACAAGUACAGUUCCAAAGGCACGGCUCUCGUUGUUCAACAGUGACAGGCUCAAAGAUAUUCUGUCAACAAAAUCAUUUUACGGCAAAGCAAACCCAGAUUUGAAUUCUACAAUAUCAACUAAAAUAUCUAAAGCCAUUGAAGUAUCAAAUACUCACCGACGUCGUCUCUUUGGUCACACUCAUACACAAAAACGCCAAAAGAAAACGGGACAGAUUAACAUGGGCGUUAAGCACAGGAUACGUAAGCCGAAAAUGAACAAAUCUAAGAUUAUGACUAUGAAAGGAUUUACCAAUACCACUCCUAGUGCAUUGAAUAUCAGCAUCGCUUCCAAUAAGUCGGAGAAUAACGAUGUCUCGAUUUUAAGUCAAUCUUCGAUAGACGAUAAAACAGAUCCCUUCAACAAAGAAAAGCAAACGAUUGACGCCCUCCUCAGUCAAUGGACAGAAGAAGAGGUGCCAGAGUCUGAACUUAUUUACACUAAGCCUCAGGAAGAACUGCCCUGUUUUAAUAGUACAGUUAUAGAAGCCACCAGCCAAAUAUUUCAACCGGUAACUGCGAUACCAGUGACCACGGACCUAUACAAGCCCCAGGAUUCAGCUGUUAUUGUAGAAUUGGGUACUCAGCAAAGUACCUUACCAAUACCUGCUAACAUUGUUCCUUCAGUCUUACCAGAACCCUUGCAAGAUACAACCUUACCUUUGGAAAGUGUAUUGCCCCAAAAUAAAACGCAAGGCAUCCAAGAUAUAGUAAUGAUGGAACCUGAAGGUCACACUUCCAGUCAUGGUGAUAUGCCUAAGACUGGUGAGUUCCUACCUGUGGAGGGAGGAUAUAUAUUUGUUGAUGGGGAUGUUGUACCUGUUUCAGGCCAAAAAGAAAUACCAGAUUUAGACGAAAUUGAGCGCGAGCUAAAAAUGCUCGAUGAGCAGAUAUUAGAAAUGGCACAGUCAAAUAAUAUUGACGCUGGUGCUGUUCUGGCCUCCACUGAAACUGUACCCACUGUUACUGAAACUCCAACCGUUAGUACUGAAGUAGAUAACAAUAAAGCGGAGAAAUUGUUCCCGAUUUUCAGUAAACCUAAUUCGGGAAUUAAUAGUCCCAGUAGUUCUAAAGUGACAGAAAAAAGCAAGCGAUCCUUGUUCAAGAGUUCAAGUGAUCAGUAUGUGAUUGACGCUGGACAAAAGAAGUUCGGAGCAACACAGUGCAAUGAAUGCGGUGUUAUUUAUCAGAUUGGCGAUCCCCAGGACGAGCAUGAUCAUUUAGUUCAUCACAACGCCACUGAUGUAUUGAAGUUUAAUGGUUUGAAAGAGGAAUGCGUGGUGGACAGGACGGAGAACGAUCGCAUCAUUCGCGUGCGUGGAGGCGAGGCGGGGUGGAAACGAGUGCAGGCGCUGCUCUCCCGGCUGCUGCACCCCUUCCUGGGCUGUGCGGCCGACCUGCCGCGCCCUGCGCACGUUUACACGGCGUAUUUAUGUAUAGAGAAGAGACAAAUAAUAGGGUGUCUGAUAGUGGAGCCCAAAACGAGAGCCUACAAGUUAAUACCCGGUGACCCCGACUGCUGCAGCAUAGAAGAUUAUCCAGUCAAGUGCGGCGUGUCGCGCGUGUGGACGGCGCGCUGGCGGCGGCGCGGCGGCGUGGCGCGGCGCCUGCUGCAGUGCGCGCGCGCGUCGGCGCUGCACGGCCACGCGCUGCGCCGCGACGAGCUCGCCUUCAGCGCGCCCACGCCGCAGGGCAAGGCGCUCGCCGCCGCCUACUGCGGCACCGACAACUUCUACGUCUACCUCGACUGACGCCCGAGCGUCCCGCUGGGUUCGUGUAACUCGUGUGCGUCCGGGGAUCCCCCGCGGUGGUCGCGACAGACGUUUCCUGUACAUUUACUAUCGCGUUUACCUCACCUCGCCGUUUGUACGGUUGACAUCGUGUGUGAUAUUUUUGAGUAAUACGUUCGACUACUCGUUUUGUAGUUAUCUUUCUCUCGUUCUGUAUGCAUCACUCGAGUUUCAUUUUAAGUCAGUUUUACUGCAAGUUUGUAGGUUUUUAAUGUGUUACUGUUUGGCACCGAUUUUGCGGCCCGAAUAGAAAAUUUAAAUAUUUUAAGGUUUCUUUUAAAAAUGUCAAGCUUAAAGCUCGAAAACUGUAAAUUGUUUUAUUUUAUUUAACGCAGAGAAUUUACAAUUUUAACUUAAAUUCAGUAAGCAAAAUAUGAG